UGGUCGACCCGAUAAAAUGUAAAACGCAAUCCGUGACUCGCUCGCUAGGUGAACUUAAUUGAUGUGCAUCAUUCCGGAAAUCAAUACAGUUCGAUUUGCGGCUAGAAAGUGAAGAAAUUCGACACCGUGACCGACGCAGUUAACAACAGAACUCUGGAUUGAAAGUACCAACCAUCGCUAUCCGGGGGACAGAGAAACUUCGUAGCCCGUAGCGUAAUGCCGAUCGUCAACAUGCUGAAGCGUGCCUCAAGCUACAUCCUCGGUAGCGACGAUGAUGCCGAGGACGGUGCCACGGAGCUAGUGUACGAGGAUAACGAGAUACUGUUCUGCAAGAACAACAUCUGCGUCCAUCCGCCGGCCGUGGUGCGCCAGGAGUCGGACGUCCUGCAUUACCCCGGUUACCUGACCGUUACCACGAAGACGUUCAUCGACCAGUACAACAAUGCGAAGCGGCCAACCCUGUUUCUCACCUGGAUCCCAAACUCGACGCUGCGCAAGUGUCCCUCGACGGUGGAGAACAUCGUCCUGAGCCGCAGUGUCAUCGGCCCCGGUGGCAUCGGGUUGAGUGAAAGCAAACUGAAGCUUCACCAACAGCAGCUCCUCGCACCAUUGCCGAGGGAAAACGGACUGCACAGGAAAACGGCGGACGCACAGGAGAAGCUUCCGGCUUUCGUGGAAGCGGGAGAGAACCCGUUCACGACGACCAUCAAGAUAGCGAAUACCAAUCCGUUUCUCGAACCGUACAACGAGUCGAUCGCCCAAACGGCAACCGGGGAUAAUAAGUCGAUGAACUGCUCCGACUACUCGGAGACGAUCAGCAUCAGCUCCAGCUCCGACAAGGCCAGUCUGUGCAACAGCACCGAGUACGAUGGGCGUGAACUGGAAGAACCGGAGGUAGCCGACGACGUGGACGACGACGAAGGGUGCGUUAUUCCGUCGGAGAUGCACAGUUCGGCCACGGCCGUUGGCGACGAGCUGCUCGAUAGCUCGGUCGAAGAUCAGGACCUUAAAACGGAACUGCAACCGUUGCUAGAGUCGGAAACGGGUGGCACGAAGCUGACCGCAGCGGCCUCGGCCAAACUUCAUCAGCACAUGAAACUGCCGUCGCAAUCGUCGGUCACGUCCGUCAACAUUACGAUCGCCAGUCCGCACAUACAGAACGUGGACAUCUCGCCUCCGGAAGCGGCACUCCCAGCUGCUGAGCGCUUCUUGCGUUCGCUGUCGAUUACGUCGAGCGAUGAAAACAACCCAAACUGGAUGUCGCCGGAGCUGCUCGCCUACAAGCACAAUCUGGCCUUCCCGGAGAGCGCGUCUGCGUCGCCGAUCGUGAGCCGCAAGACACCGCUCAAGUGUCGCCGCUUUUCAGUCGAUCUAAGCCAGAUGCGGGCCCUGCGGCUGUUCUUUAACGACGAGCAGUGCACCUCCGGUCAGCUGGUAAUCGCCUCCCGGGAAUCUCAGUACAAGAUCUUGCACUUCCACCACGGUGGGCUGGACCAUCUGGCGCAGGUUCUUCACCAGUGGCACUGUCUGCUGCACAACAUCAAACUGGCCCCCGGGCAGGACGAACCGGCCAACGUGCCGUACCGCCAGUUUAUGGUCUGCCGCCCGGAGGUGCGCAAAGCCGAUCUGCACCCGGAAGAGGGACGCGUGUCCAAGAUUACGACCGACUACUUCUACGGGACGCUACUGAACGAGAAGGGCCAGAUCGAGGACGAUCUGCAGCUGCGCAAGUGUGUGUUUUUCGGUGGGCUCGACCGAAGUCUGCGGAAGACGGUGUGGCCCUUUUUGCUUCACUGCUACAGCACCGGCUCGACGUUCGAGGAUCGAGCCGCGCUGUCCGAGAUACGGCGCCAGGAGUACGAGGAGAUCACGCGGCGCCGCCUCUACUCGAUGUCACCGGAAGCGCAGGCCCAGUUCUGGCGCACGGUACAGUGCGUCAUCGAGAAAGACGUGGUGCGCACGGACCGGGGCAAUCCGUUCUUCGCCGGAGAUGAUAACCCCAACAUCGACACGAUGAAGAACAUUCUGCUGAACUACGCGUUCUACAACCCGGGCAUGUCCUACACGCAGGGAAUGAGCGAUCUACUGGCACCGGUGCUGUGUGAAAUUAAAAGCGAAUCCGAAACGUUCUGGUGCUUUGUCGGGCUAAUGCAGCGCGCCAUCUUCGUUUGCACACCGACGGACAAUGAUAUUGAUCGCAAUUUGUGCUAUCUGAGAGAAUUGAUCCGGCUUAUGGUUCCUAGCUUUUACAAGCACCUACAAAAGCACACUGACGCUAUGGAAUUGCUGUUUUGCCACCGCUGGAUUCUGCUAUGUUUUAAGCGCGAGUUCACCGAAGCGGUCGCCAUACGCAUGUGGGAAGCCUGCUGGUCAAACUAUCUGACCGACUACUUUCACCUUUUCCUUUGCCUGGCCAUUAUUGCCGUGUACGCCGAUGACGUAAUUGCUCAAGAUUUGCGCACCGACGAAAUGCUGCUGCACUUCAGUUCGCUGGCAAUGUACAUGGAUGGACAGGUGAUCUUGCGCAAAGCACGUGGACUGCUGCACCAAUUCCGCCAGUUCCCAAAGAUCCCCUGCACUUUGUCGGGGCUCUGUAGGCGCUGUGGUCCCGGAAUGUGGGACUCGGGUCAUCAUCCAUCGAUCGAAUGUAUCGGCCACCUGGAUCACGAGACGUGUGCGCUGGCCAUGGACUAGGACACUCUCGCGUUAGUGCUGUCACCGCUUCAUCACUACCACCGUUGCCUCUCCGACUACGUUACACGCCAGUCUGUGUACUUUCCGCUUCCGCAUAUAGGUUUAGGCGUGCUCACACAUCUGCCGCAACGAUGACCGUUAGGAUGUUUCUUCUUCAAACCCACAAUCUGCUGCCAUGUUUAGAGAUUCAAACGGAUUUUUUUACAUUAAAAUGCCUGUAGCUGUCCACAGCAGGAAGAAACAACGAAACAGAGACAAGACAGAUUGAUUCCACAUUCCAGUGCAGUGCUAGAGCAGUGAUGGGCUUUACUAUUCGCAAUACAUAGGAUUACGUUGCUUUCGAUUGCUUUCGUAGCUUCGCUGAACGGUGCGAUACGAUGAAGGGAAAAUUUAAAUACUGUAGUAUAUUAUUCGCAUAGUAACUACCGAUAUAAUCAAUACAAACAUUUUAUUGAAAGUAACAAUAACACCCAUUCGACCCGAACGUCCCGCCUUUGCCGCUCUAUAUUACAACUGCCUAGAAAGUGAACAGAAACUGGGAAGCCUCUCAUCAACUUCUCGUUUGGCCAGCCA